UUAAUAUUAGAUUUUCCCCACUUUUUGCCUAAUGGGGACCAAAAACCUGUGUAAGAACAACGGUACUACUGUCAGCGAUUCAGCACAGAAUUUAGCACUCCAACCAAGGAACCGGAAACUGCAUUUCUUCCUCUUCUCUGCUUUUGGAUUCCAAAUACCAAUUCCAAGUUUUGUCAAAAUAAUCGCAGUUUUCUAGCUAUCAUACUGAAGAAUGGUUAAUUCUGAGAAACCAAAGAGAAGGGUGGCUUUUGUGCUGAUAGAUGGUUUGGGGGAUGUAUCACUGCCAAAAUUUGGUUAUAAAACCCCGUUGCAAGUAGCCAACACGCCUAAUUUGGAUGCGAUUGCUUCAGCUGGAAUAAAUGGUCUGAUGGAUCCCGUUGAAGUAGGCUUGGCCUGUGGAAGUGAUACUGCCCAUCUUUCCUUAUUGGGUUAUGACCCUAGGGUUUACUAUCGAGGUCGGGGUGCAUUUGAAUCAAUGGGUGCUGGACUGGCAAUGUCUCCAGGAGAUAUUGCAUUUAAAGUAUGUGGCCUCCCUUUCUCUCUUUCGUCAGUUUCUUCAAUCUGGUUUCUUAUUUUUUACAAUCUAGAUUGAAAUUCUUUGUUGCUG